AAGCGCCGGCUCUAUGUGGGCUGCACGCGGGGGCACGAGGAGGGAGGCGCUGAGAAUUUGCCUUCGCAGCCACGAUUGGGCGCCCGGUGGUGUGGGUUAGGAAUCCUGUAUGCGGAGGCGGCCGGCCGGGCGAGGGCGCUCGGUGGACCUCGAGAAGCUUCGAAAGCCUCUCAGCCGGAAGUCCUUGAUGAGGGCCUGGAUUCACCUCACAAAAGAUUAUUUCACAAAAGGAAAAUGAGUCAUUCCUCAAAUGGGGCAGACACUGGUAUUCCAAAAUCAGAUAAUCAACAUUCAAUAAAAGACCACAAAGCACAUUUGCCAAAUUUUGUAAAGGCAAAGGGAGCACAACUAGAAAUUUCAGCUCAAAGAAUACAGAAAUCCUGGUUCAGUCACACGGACAAAGUAAUAUUUCAACUCCUAAAACACACAGUUUGUGCAGCGGAACUUUAUGUGACAUAUGAAAUUCUGAAGAAAGUGAGCCCCUUAGAGGCUGAACUUGUUAAAGAUCCUAGCAUGAAGUGUAAAGUCAGAUUCAGAUUUAGUGGUGAAAGGUUUCCACCUUUCAUUGUUUUUAAAAUUUUUCUCCAUACUGACGGCCGCGGUUACAAGUAUUUCAGUGGAAAAAAUUUAUUACAGCCAUCAAGUGAGGCAGUUGUUGAUGCUUGCAAAAUAAUGGGGAAAAAGAAAUUUUAUCAACAAAUUAUGGAAGAUGAACAUCUUUUCCAGAAGUUCAAAGUAACUGAUCAUGUAGAUAUUGUGACCAUGCAAGAUUACAUGCAGUAUUCCAGUCUCCUGGAUGAGACCCCUGCAUCAUCUGGUGGCAGGAAUAACUACUGGCGAAGAUUAAACCUCGAAAACAUUCCCAGGACAAUGAUGAUAUAUGACAUAGUUGAUUAUGCAGAGUCUGGAGUAAUCUCAAACCGUUUACAAAAAGAAAUGAAGUAUCUGUUACAGAGACCACAGACAGAAGAGAUGCGUCAGCACCAACUAAAGGUUGUUUCUGAAGUCAGGUAUCCAUCCUUCGCAAUUGUGCAACCUUUAUUACAGCCCUACCAACAGCAAAGUAAAAUGAAACCUCUAGGUCGUCGAUCCAAGCAAGCUCGAAUGAAAGUUGAAAAAAUGAAAAAAGCUUAUAAGAUGGCUAAAAAAUCAAAUGCUGCAGAGGUGACUGAACUGCAAAAGAAUGCAGCAAGUGCAAAGAAACAAGAGACAAUCAUCAUCUCUACCCCUUCUUUUGACAUUGUGAAAGUUAAUGAAUCCACAUCAGAUAGUGAAUUGGAAAAAGAAGAAAAGGAAUUAUUUGCCUGGUAUCAAGACUUGCAUAUUGAUUAUUCUCCCUCAUGUUGAUACACAGCUAAUUGACAGAAAACCAAAGUUGUUUAACAAUCUGCUUGUCUGUCUAUAAAUAAAGGACACUCAAAUAGAAACAGGUCCUGGGUAUGCUGUGUUAAACAAAUGUGUGACAUAUUUGUAAGCCCUUUGUAUUAACGUGGGUGCAGUUAUUUUUUACUGAAAGCAUUUUAAUUUGAAUAAAUUAUUUCUACUAGAUGCUUCAAACUAGCAGAAUACAGGAUUGCUCAAGAAAUGAUGAAUAAAUUAGUCCCUGGGACUUUCAUCCAAUUUUGAUUUUUUUCAUUUUAAAAAAUAUCUGAACAGGCCAUGCUUAGCAUAAAUAUUAGACUUCACAGGAUAAGAGAAUGCUCUUGAGUCAGCCUCCAGUGUCUUUUUUUAGUUACAUGUUGUUUUUACAGAACAGCUUGUGAAUGACCUAUUCUGAAUUAUAAUAAAAAUAAUAAUGGAUUUGUUGCUACAGUAGGCAUGACAUAGCAUACCUAAUCAUUUUUGAGCAUUAUAAGAACCUGGGGCAGAAUGUUACAUCUGCUCUAAUAUUAUAUUUUGGAUAUCUUUCAAGUAUAAAGACUAGAGUAAUAUUUAUCAAUUUCAUUUUGAAUUGAUGAAUUCACAGUCCUGAUACAGUGCAAAUUAUUAAUUUCUUCUGUGAUACAGGCUACUGGAAUAUAUCAAACCUUACCAGAGAUUGUGAUAAUUUUUAAAAAUGCAGUUAUUUAUUGAACUUUAAAAAUACAGUUUUUUAUUUUGCUUAACAUUUAAAAUGCAUAGGUUGAUUGCUGAUCUAACUCAGGCAUAGUAUCCUAUAGAAGGAUCUUAUCCUCUGCUAAGAUAUUCCUUUAAUGACAAAGAACAUUGGAGAAAAUGUGUAUGAUUCCACUAAAAUAUCUUUAACAUAAACUUGCACUCUUUGUUAUUAAUACAGCCUCAUUUGAUAUCAGAAAAAGAGGGAAGUUGGGCUUGGUGGUACACACCUGUAAUCCCAGCAACUAGGGAGGCUGAGGCAAGAGGAUAGCAAGUUUGAAGCCAGCCUGGACAACUUUGUGAGACCCUGUCUCAAAAUAAAAUAAAAAGGGUUGGGGGUAGCUUAGCAAUAGAGCACCCCUGGGUUUAGUCCCCAGUACCACAAAUACACAGAGACAGACACACUUGAUAAUCCCCUUGUUUCAGCUUGUGCUGGACACUGGUUGAAUAGAAAAACACCUAUUUUUCCUGAUGAAUCAUGCAUCUUCUCAUCAAUUUGCAAAGCAGUUCCUUAUCAAGUCAAAUGCCUGUCAAAUUCAGUCCACUCAUAUUCCAUGUUAUAAAUAACAAAGCUAAGGAAGAUUUCAGGUAGUAAGAUGAGGAAAAGGACAAAGAAGGGCACAUUCUAUCUUAGGGUAUGCACUUCUCAUAUUUCAUUAACUAUAACUUCCUCCUCAUGGUAACAUACAUUAAACAAUGUAACUGCAUCACUGAAAAACCUUUGAAAAGCAAAAUUACAUAUAAUCCCGUCAACAUAAUACAAAAACUAUUUUCAUUUGAUUAUACCUUUCUAAUCUGUCUAAAUGCCCAUAUAUUUUUCACAUGGCUGUAAUCAUAGGUAACAUAUUUAAGCUUUUCACUUAAUAUUAUAUCUUACAUAUAAUGCACUUAAAAAUAAUUUUUAAUGGUCACCUGAGAGCCCAUUUGGGUUGACAGAGCAAAAUUUACUUAACCAUACCCAUUUCAUUGGAUAUUUCAAUUGUUUCUAAUUUUUCACUACUGUAGGUAAUUAAUACUAGGGUAGAUAUUUUCACACAGUCUUCUUUCUUUUGGUUAUCUUUCUGUCAUUUAUAUUUUAAAAUUUAUUUUUUCUGUUGUUUAUUUUUACCUAAUUGCACUGUAAUCAGAGAAUAUGAUUUGUAUGUUAUUCUGGGAAACUUGUUAAUACUUGCUUUAUAACCAAGUACAUGAUUAGUUUUCAAAUGUUUCUUGUAUUCCUAAGAAAAAUGUAUAUUGUCUAUGUUGGAUACAAAGUUCUGUAUUUGUACUUUUGAACAAGCUGGUUGAUUGUAUUAUGUUUUCUGUAUAGAAUGCUUUCUGAAUAUACUAUACUACACACACACACACACACACACACACACAGAGGUGAUGUUUUCUAUAUACUUGUAAUUCUUGGUCUGUGUGACACCAGUUACCGAGAAAGGUGUAUGUUAUGUAUGUCCUACCGUGAUGGGUGGACUUGUCAGUUUUGCCUCAAAAUUCUGUGCUAUAGUUUUGAUCUUAGGUGUUCCCCAAAAGUCCAUGUGUGAAACAUUUGGUCCUCAGCUAUUGGGAGGUGGUGGAACCUUUAAGAGGUGGGGCCUAGUGGGAGAUCUUCAGGUUAUGGGGGGACAUGCCCUUGAAUAGGAUAAUGCGACCCCAGUCCUUUCUUCUUCCUCUCUUUUGCUUCUUGACCCUGAGGUGAUCCAUUUUACUCUGCCUGACUGGCUGGAACCAUGAUGUGCUGCCAAAGGCCUAAAACAAUAGAACCAAUUCAUCAUGUACAGAAACCUCCAAAAUAGUGAGCCAAAAAAUAAACUUUUCAUAGUUGAUGAUUCUCAGGUAUUUGUUAUAGUGAUAGAAAACUGACUAACACUUUUUCGUCAAUUUUGCUUUAUGUUAUUUGAAGAUAAUAUUAGGUGCAUAUGUAAUUUCAGAAUUAACAUCUUUUCCUUGUGAAUUAAA